AGCAACAAGUCCAGCCGCCGAAAUCUGAUACUGUGACAUUGUAUCACAAAUAAGUGAAACAAUUGCUUACCGAUGUUAUUACGUUUAUGAAAGUGUAUGUUUCAAAUGCUUUAUUCAAUUUGGCUUGUUUCUAACGUUGUUGCGAUCAUGCCAUGAUGGCAUGAUAUUAAAUGGUGAUUCUGUGAGGUUUGAUGCAGGAAACUUUUCUUCUCUGUUCUGCACGCAGUACGUAGCAACGUAAAGCGUUCAUAGAACAACGGGAUAAAUUUGGGUCGCAGGCAGCAUGCUGCAUGCAGUCUUAUUGUUUAUACUGUAGUUCGACCGAAGUAGUGGAUCGCCAGUCCCCGACUCGCCACUGAUGAUUUGCACCUUUUUGAAGAUUUUUCCUUUGAUCCGAAACGGUGCAUUGUGUGGCCGAUUAGUAUUUUCCUUGUUUCUCUUAUGGUCAGGCGGCCAGGAGAAGAAAUCAGUCGAUAGUUUCCAAUGGUUUCAGUAUUGUUGGCAAUGGAUAAUUUCAAGAUGAAGUUUUCCAGAGCAUUCAACGGUGGUUAUGCUGUGGUCGAUUCCAAAAUGUUUGCGCAGCGCAGUGAUCACGACGCGAAUACUGAUCGGUCUUCGUACAGUUAUCAUGCCUAUCUUCCUAGCCAUCCCGCCGCUCCUCCGACGGAUACUUUCGUUUCCGCAACAGCAGCAUUUGUAGCACAUGAGAACGGGAAUUUGUCCGAUGAUCCACACUGCACUCUGCAGUUUAUGGAACACGCAGUCGGUUUGAUGCCGUGGUCGACGUCCGGUGAAUGUGAAUCGUUCACAACCAUGGCUGUUGCGGAUGCGCCGUCUUAUGGGCAUGACGACGAGCGGGACGAUGAAAAUGAGGAUGAGGAUGACGAUUAUGUUAACGGGGAUCACGAUAGUCACGGAUCCCCACCAAACCAGCGCCAAGGCUCAGAUUCAACUGAGCAGCCGAAUCGUUUUGCCAAUUUCAAUUUGAAACGCUGUCGUUUUGCGCCACGACAAGAUAUAGAACUUCUGAAGGAGAUUAUCAAUCAGGACGAUAAGCCAUACAAUGCGUCGGGCAAGUCAUCAUGGGAAGUGUGGGGGAAGAUUGCACACAAUCUUAACAACAAACAGAUUUUCGGUCCGGUUUUAAGUUUGUCGGCCCUAACAUGCAAACUGCGCUUCGACUUCCUUUUGAAAAACUUUGGUGGUCAUGCCAUGAAGUACAAUCCCAAGCGCGGCACUUUGGACGAGUUCCAGAAGCGCGAUGAACUACUGGCGCAAAUCAUUCCCGACGUACCCGCGCGGGACGACGAGAUGUCAUUUGGCAGCGGGAAACGACGUCGUGGACGGCCGCGUAAAUUGCGCGACCACUUCAGUCCACAGAACGACGACGACGACGGGGAUAUGAUGGACGACGAGCAUCCACUGCGGCAUUCCAUGCGGCAUGCCGCCCAUUUGGCAGCGGCCAUGCAGGCGCAGCACGCACCGUCAGGAUCAGGUACGAAGCGCAAACCAGGCCGCCCCCGGAAGAUCUCGGACGCCGCUGGCAGUAGUAAUGGGGCGGCGUUUCUUGACGGUGCACAGUUGGCGGAGUAUAUGAAUCAAGCGUCCAGCCGGCCCAGGACUCGGGCUAAGGGAAGGGAUGAGUCGGCGGGGGCUGAGCCGGCGGACAGUACUCCAGCGCCGACUAUGCCGCAACUUCCAUUAGCACAAAAUCCCUUCCUGCACCAUUACAUGGCCGCUCAAGCUGCCUCCCAGCAGCAAGCAGCUGGAAUUCCCGAGGGCUCCAUGGUCUCCAUGCUGACGGAAUACUUUAAGCGUCAUCACGAAUCGGAUCUGCAGUUCAAGCGCGAAGAACUGGAAGCACGACAGCGUGAGAAGUCUGAAGAGCGCCGACUGGAACGCGAACAGAUGGAAAUGAAAAAGGCCGAAAUGGAUCUCCGUCGCGCUGAAUUGGCUCUGCAGCAGCAGAAGUGGCAGGUGGAGCGGGAGGAGCGUCAAAUGAAUCUCGAAUUGAUGAAGAAGAAGAUUCUGAAGCUUUAAAGGGGGGUGGGGUGUGGAAACCGGGUGCCGCGGUUCCGUUUCCAUUAGGAAUGGGCGCAUUGAUAGCAGAGGUAGCUAGACUGUUGCUAGUUUUUUUCCCCGCAAUUUUGAGCCGUUCAACGUAUCUUCCAAAGGUACUGUUUACCUAAAGAAGGGUCAAGGUUCCUUGAGUGUAAAUCUAGUACGGUUUGUUAUGUUAAUUUUCGAUGUGGUAUGCACUAUGCAGUGGACGCUGGUGUGUCUGUGUGUGCGUAUAAGGAUGCACAGCAGCCGCCGAUAUGUUCCAUAGUUUGGUGGUACUUUUUGUUAUUUUUUAAUUCAGCUUGUUUCUGUUUCGCUCGGAUUUAUCUGGCCAAGAGAACUGUGUGUUUGAUGUAUUUAUCUUUUUAGAGAUUGCUUGUCUUCGGUCAGUUGUGUGGCAGGUUAUAACCUGGUUUUAGAGAUGAAUUUUAUCGCCUCGCCCGUCGGGACGGGCAGGCUGUUUGAUACGUCUUCUGUUUGUCUCCUGUUGGGUUGUGUGUUACGACGCUGGAAUUAAACACUCAAU